UCCUCUUCACUCACUCACUCCCUCCUCUCUCAGCGGUCAGGGCAGAGCAACUCUCUCUCACACACACACGUACACCGCAAGACAGAAAAGAUGACUUCUUACAGCAGCCGCAGCUACGUGUCAUCCUCCGGGGGCUCCAUGAGGGCCGGCGGAGGCCUGGGCGGCGGCUCACGCAUCUCCAUGUCCUCCGGCAUGUACGGCGGUGGCGCCGGCGGCGGCCGCAUCACCGCCAUGCGUGCCGGUAGCGUGUACGGUGGGGCGGGAGGCUCUGGGGUACGCAUCUCCAGCGCAUCCAACACCUUCUCCGCCGGCGGUGGCGGCUACGGUGGAGGCUAUGGCGGUGGCUUCCAGUUGAACGAUGCCAUUGACUACUCGGCCAACGAGAAGGCCACCAUGCAGAACCUGAACGACCGUCUGGCCACCUACCUGGACAAGGUGCGCUCCCUGGAGAAGGCCAACGCCGAGCUGGAGCUGAAGAUCAGACAGUUCCUGGACAGCAAGACAUCACCCUCUUCCCGUGACUUCUCCGCCUUCCAUGUGACCAUCAGCGAUCUGCAGGGCAAGAUCCAGGAUGCCACCCGUGUCAACGGAGGUAUCUACCUCAGCAUCGACAACGCCAAGCUUGCAGCUGACGACUUCAGGGUCAAGUAUGAGAACGAGCUCGCCAUGAGGACGUCCGUGGAGGCCGACAUCGCCAACCUGAGAAGAGUCCUGGAUGAGCUGACCAUGGCCCGCUCAGACCUGGAGAUGCAGAUCGAAGGCCUGAGGGAGGAACUCAUCUUCCUCAAGAAGAACCACGAGGAGGAGCUCCUGGCUAUGCGCGCACAGAUGAGUGGCCAGGUGCACGUGGAGGUGGACGCCGCACCUCAGGAGGAUCUGACCAAGGUCAUGGCCGAGAUCCGUGAACACUACGAAACCGUCGCCGCCAAGAACCGCAGGGAUCUUGAGUCCUGGUUCACGAGCAAGACAGAGGCUCUGAACAAAGAAGUCGCCGUCAGCACAGAGGUUCUGCAGACAUCACGGUCGGAAAUCACCGAGGUCAAACGCACACUCCAAGGGCUGGAGAUCGAACUGCAAUCCCAACUCAGCAUGAAAGCGUCGUUGGAGGGCACACUCGCAGACACACAGUCCCGCUACUCGUCCAUGCUCGCAGGCUACCAGGGCCAGGUCAGCAGCCUUGAGGAGCAGCUGAUGCAGCUCCGUGCCGACCUAGAACGCCAGGGCCAUGAGUACAAGAUGCUCUUGGACAUCAAGACCAGGCUGGAGAUGGAGAUCGCAGAGUACAGGAGACUGCUGGACGGGGAGAUCGACAGCCACUCCUCCUCGACCACAACACGCAAGGUGGUGACCAUCGUAGAGGAGGUGGUGGACGGCAAGGUGGUGAGCUCCUCCAGCUCCUCCCAGUCCAUGAGUGCAACCCACUGAGUGCCACCAGCGCACUGCAACAGCAUGGCACUACACACACUCAAGAUCAAACACAGAGAAGAAAUACAGCCUGAGAGAGAGAGAAAAAAGAAACAAUAAAAAAGUGCCCAGUGGUGUUCAUUCCUAAA